AACAUUGGAGGAAACGAUGUUUGCGUCCCAACAGCGCAUGUUAGCUAGAAAAACCAAUAAAAAAUAUUUUUUUACAGUUACUGUUAUUUUCAGACUUUUAACGCUGGACUAUGCAAAUGGACGUUUUUGGGUCAAAGAAGCAAACUAAUCACCCCAGCUUGCCUCUGUCAUCCCUGCGUCUCUUGGUUCCCCCUCUCCAGCUUUUGUCUGCUGCUGUGUGGCAUCUUGCAAAGCAUAAAGAUGUGUUAAAUUACGACAAGCUGCAGGACUUUGUGUCUACUGUGACAGAGGCCAUUCCUGGCCUAAUCAACCCCCUACAGAAAGCCCAGCUCAUUCUUGGACUAAGAGCUCGGUUGAUUUUGGAGCUGUGUAAAGGCUCAGUUCGAGGGGAAAUUGAUUUUGAAGUUAUCCAGAGCUACUUGGAGAGAUUCUCCGUAACUUCAGCAAACACGGGCUAUGUGGAUGCAGAGGUGAGAACAACAGAGUCUACUUUCAUUGCUCUGAUACAAAGCCUGCUGAAAGAUCCAAUUGAGAGGGCUUAUUUCUUUAAGGAGGUUUUUCCCGUUGAAUAUGGCCCACAGUAUGACGCAGCCUUACACAUGUUGAUGUGGGAGCUGCUCUCCAAACUGGAAAAGCUGUUUCCAGCUCCAGAUAUUAAACAGACCGCAGCCUGGCUUGCCUCUGCUCCUUCUGUUUUGGAGGAAUGUGUUUAUCCAUCGCCUGAGGAGCUGGGUUUAAUCUUUGACCACUACAAAAGCUCAGGGUUGCUAAAAAUGACACAUGCCCCCUCUUCAACUAUUGGUAGUUACAUCAUCUCUGCGUUAUCCGUUCCUCCCUCGCAAAAGUCAAAUAUUAAAGUUGGACUGGAAUCCAUGCAUAACUAUGCAAACAUGCUGAACCCUGCAAGUCUUUCUGCACCAGACGAGUACAACGUCGUAGCCAUCUACACUGAAGUUGGAGCAUCUGACGCCAGUGUGGACGUGAUUGAGUUAGAAAAAGCUCCAACAGAUUUCUAUCAGGAAGAGAUAGUCGUCAGCUCUGAAAACGCAGGAGGCGAGGGCGCCAGCUCGACGACAGAGGAAGUCAGCGAAGCUGUAGAUGUUGCUAAAGCUUUGGAGACUUUGGCAAAAACUUUUGCUUUAAGGAAAGAAUGUCUGGUUCAGGAGGGACCUGCAAAGAAUGAUUCCUCCCAUAUUUUGGAGCUUGAGUCUGGAAAUGGGCUGAAUGAAGAAGAGGAAAAUGAAAGAAUAGGAAAAAAUAUGGCAGAAGUGAGGCUGGGCUUCAAGGCGAAAUCUGCAAGGAGUAAAACAGACUUCGGUGCAGAGACAAAACAUACUGGUGGAUUAUUUUCUGACCAAGAAAUCCCAGAUCUCUUGGAUGAAACCCCUGAUUCAUCAGCAGGGGUGCACAGAUCCACAUGCAUACAAACCAAGGACUCCCUCAGCUGGCAGGAGACGUCCAAAGUCAAGGAAACCCCCAAAGAAAAGAGUGAAGACCCACAAAUGAUCCCAGCAGAAGCUUCUCCAUCUGUGAUUGCUAUCAAAGGGACGGAACAAGGUGAUUUGAACGACACAACCUCCAUCAUCUUCACCUGCUCUCAGUGUCCAUUCCAUGCCGCUGAGGAAAACGGCCCUCCUCACUUCCACAUGCAGAGCGUUCAAACUGAACUAUACAGAAGUCUCUCGGGAGCAACGUUCACGCCUUCUCCCUCCAGCACUGAUGAGAUUUUUACUUCCAUCAAACUUUUCCCAAGAGGAGACGCAGAGGAGGAGAAAACCGGACAACCUGAUCCUCGCGGUGGAGAGUCGCAGCCACACAGAGGACGGAAAGCUCUCACCUGCGAAACAUGCGGCAAGACGUUCACCCGCACGUCGGACGUCAGGAGACACCAGCUGACUCACACCGGAGAAAGACCGUUUCACUGCUCGCAGUGCAGCAGAACCUUCCAGCACUCCUGGGAUCUGGCAAAGCACAAAAGCAAACAUCACGGCUUGACUAUUUCAUUCUCCUGCCAGCUCUGCGGGAGUUCCUUUCCCAACCUGAGAGCUCUGACUGUCCAUCACAAAAAGUCCCACGCGCAGGAGAGUCAGCUCCCUCGGAUGUGCUCCAUCUGCAGCCAGAGUUUCCCCACUUCCACGGAGCUCCUGAAGCACAGGAAAACCCACGUUGCCACCAAACGUUACAUCUGUCAGAAGUGUAACGAAGGCUUUGACUCCCUGCUGGCCCGCUCGCAGCACCGGCAGCUGCACCGAUUCAAGCGUCAGUUUAAAUGCCCACACUGUGACAAGAUUUACACCCGGAGGUCUGACGUGAAGCGACACCUGUCCACUCACAGCGGUGAGCGCCCGUUUCAGUGUAACCAGUGCAGCAGGCGCUUCUCGCUCCGCUUUAUGCUCACGAAGCACCUCAGGGUUCACACAGGCGAGCGACCUUUCCAGUGCUCCCACUGUCCUAAGAGAUUCACCCUUGCAUCCGUGCUGGCCAGACACGAACGGAUGCACACGGGGGAAAAGCCGUUCCUCUGUUCUCAAUGUGGCAAAGGCUUUCUGUCGCAAGGAGAGCUGUCCAAGCAUCACAGGUCGCAUGUGGACGACAGGCCUUACUCCUGCACUCAGUGCAACAAACGAUUGAAGAGCAAGAAAACCCAGCAGGAGCACAUCCUCUCCCACACGGGCGCACGGCCGUACCCGUGCUCCUACUGCGGGAAGGGCUUCACCAAACCGUACGCAUUGACUAGACACAACCUCAUCCACACGGGAGAGCGCCCGUUCCCCUGCGGGCACUGCGAGAAGGCCUUCCUCACCGUCAGCGAGGCUCAGCUUCACCGGAGAAUCCACACGGGGGAGAGGCCGUAUCCCUGCGACGCCUGCGAGCUGAAGUUCAAGAGCUCCUCCGAGCUGGCGCGACACAAACGCUGCCAUUCUGGUUUCAAGACCCCAAAGCUGUUCUGCCGGCAGUGCAAGAAAUCCUUCACCUCCACGGCCACACUGAAGAAACACUUGGAGACGCACAGUGGAGAGCCGGCACACUCCAUGGAGUAAAGACACAAAAAACUGCUAGAAUCCUAGAAAAUAAUGUCAUUCAUUUCUGAUGACGGGAUCAUAAAGUUUUGAUAUAAAUGAAGGAAUUAAAACUGACUGACUUCAUUUUUGCUGACAUCAGAUUUUUGAAGGGAUCAUACUGACAAAAACAUUUUAAAAUGUCAUGUUUUUAUUACAUUAUAGCUGGAAUAUCAUGUUUUAUACAGUUGUAAAUUCAAAUCGCAUGCAGAGAAAUUUUGUCUUGUCUAGACAACAGAUGUCUUCAGUUUAAAUUUGACUGAAAGUUUAAACAGUUUUGCCUUUUUUGUGGGCUAAAAUGGAAACCGUCUGAUUGUUGUAGAGCUGGUUAAUAAAUAAAACGUCUUUGUGCUGGUAAUCAAUUAAUGCCA